CUGACAGACGCGUUGAUCUAGCCGUAGCUGUAGCCGAAGUCGCCAAUUCGGACACGGCCUCAGUUUAGUGCCGCCUUGUUGGUGGAUUUCUACUAGUUUGUGUUUCACUGCCGACGUUGCUUUGAACUCUAGACGAUUUUUUUAAAUGUUGACGUAUGUAUGGUGGGACCUUUCGAUUCUUUCCUUUGCUACCGAGAGUGCACGGUCACGGACUCUUUCAUUUUAUUCAAUACGUUGCACAAUAGACAAUCACAUUGACUGUAUUUUGUAUGCUGCAUACAGGACAGUGCAGUUUCAGUGUUACUGUUACUGUUAGCCAGCAUGGGCAGUUUUCAGUUAGUGCAUGGAGUAAUUAACUAUUGAUUUGAAUAUUCACAGGGGGUGAACGACAAAAAGAUCUUGAAAGCUUUUUAGACAAUGGAGAAAUUUGACAUUUUACUUUUGUUUCUCUCUCCUGGAUUCUCCUGGUCCCCAAAUUAUUUGCAGUUGAGAUAAAGAUAAACCCACAACACAACCAACAAAUCAUUGUACUCUCUGGAAAUCCAAGAGUACUUAGUUACGUCACCCCCUUCCCCCAAAACGUAAACAAAAACAAGACAAACUGGUCACAUGUUGUUGGAUCAAGUCUGUCUUUUCCAAUGUCAUCGAACAUGUUGUCGGAGGGACACAUUUCAGAGAUAGGAUUGGAAGACCUGUCUGAUUCCGAUGAAAUAGAUUUUGGAAAAGAUGAUAAAGAAAUACUCUUGAGUAAUUCAGAAGACGGCAGUACAGUCAAAUUGCAGCGUCAGAUAACCUUGCUGAGUGGAGUAGCCAUCAAUGUUGGCACCAUCAUUGGCUCCGGGAUUUUUGUAUCCCCUAAAGGUGUUCUGCUGGGUGUUAGCUCUGUGGGAAUGACCCUGAUAGUAUGGGUACUAGCGGGUAUCAUCUCUCUCCUGGGUGCCCUCUGCUUCGCCGAACUAGGCACCAUGUUCCCCUCGUCUGGGGGGUUCUACUUCUAUCUCAGAGAGAUCUACGGUGAAUUUGCAGCGUUCCUGUUUUUGUGGGUGUCGCUUAUUAUGCAAGUGCCAGCCUCCUGUGCAGUGGUGGCGAUCACAUUCGGGCGUUAUGCCGUGCAGCCAUUUUUCCCGUCUGCGGAUUGUGAACCACCGAUGUUUGCCAUUCAGCUGCUUGCCUUGAACUCUGUGUUGUUGUGCGGGUUCUUCAACAUCUUCAGUGUACGCUUGACGACUGCCGUGCAAAACAUCUUCACUGUGUUCAAGAUGCUGGCACUGACAAUCAUCAUUGUCAUGGGUGCAGUGCAGAUAUUCAGAGGUGAAACAACCAGUUUUGAGAAUUCAUUUGAAGGGACAACAUACGGUGGCCUUGGAAAUGCCUUAUACUCCGGCCUUUUUUCAUAUGCUGGCUGGUAUAACUUAAACAACGUUGUUGAGGAACUUAAGAACCCGUACAAAAAUCUACCCCGUGCUAUUUAUAUUACCAUGACGAUAGUGACAAUAUUUUAUGUUUUUGCCAAUGUUGCCUACUUCACCGCAAUGACACCUCAAGAGCUACUUGCAUCCGAUGCCGUCGCUGUGACAUUUGGUAUCAAGGUCCUUGGUGUGUUUGCAUGGUGUAUGCCAGUGUUCGUUGCGAUGUCGACAUUUGGCUCAAAUAACGGAAGCCUUCUCGGCUUAUCUAGAAUGUUCUUCGUUGGGGCCAGAGAUAGACAGCUGCCUAAUGUCCUUGCUAUGAUUGAUAUCAAGAGGAAGACCCCUAUGCCUUCUCUUCUCGUCGUGACAUUCCUGACAUGUGUGUACGUGUUUGCCAAGGAUGUCUACACACUCAUCAACUAUUUCAACUUUGUCCUGUGGACAUCCAGUGGGGCUCUGUCUGCCGGACUGUUAUAUCUACGAUGGAAGAAACCUGAAAUGUCGAGACCAUACAAGGUUUUCAUUGGUCUGCCUAUCUUCUUCACCAUUGCAUCAUUUGCCCUGGUUGUCUUGGGGACAAUCUCGGCUCCGUUAGACACCCUUAUUGGAGUUGCCAUCACCUUAACAGGAGUACCAUUCUACUUCAUCUUAAUCAGACCUGCUAAGAUUCCGAAAUUCCUCCACAAGAUUGAAGUUGGUGUCACUCACUGGUGCCAAAAGCUGUUCCUAGUCACCAAUGAAGAGAAGAAGAAGAAGUGAUGAUACAGUUCAAGAACCACCCGGACACAAUACCACAACAAGAAUAUUCACCAAGGAAAAAAACUGUAAAGCUUUUAUCUUUAAUUUCUGAUAAAGUGGCAGUCGUAGGAAAAGAAAUUCUAAAUGCCUCCACCCCUGUUGGUGUGCAAACUCUGUACCAAAUAGUAUAUUGGGGAUACUGCAUAAUAUAAAAAACGAUAGCAAUCUAUUUAUCAGAAAGCUGUGUUUUCUUCACACAAGAAUGUGAUACGGCACAUAUUUGUUUUCUUCUUUUUAAAAAUAAGUUCGGCAAGAUACCAAAAGGUUUUGCACAAAUAUACUGCAUUAAUUCUCAUCCCCUCGCCUGAGAAAAUCAAACAUGAAGAAAUUUAUAGUUUUAAUUCUACUAGCUACAUAUCUUCAUUUUGUCUUGGGAUUUUGCCUCAUUUUGUUAUGGUUGGGCAAAAAUAAAUAUACUGCAUUAAUUCUCAUCCCCCCGCCUGAGAAAAUCAAACAUGAAGAAAUUUAUAGUUUUAAUUCUACAAGCUACAUAUCUUCAUUUUGUCUUGGGAUUUUGCCUCAUUUUGUUAUGAUUGGGCAGAGAGACAUUCUGGUAAUAAAUCAACCAGCUUGCCCAUUAUUGUUCCACCAACCAGAGAGCAUAAUUAGCUCAUGCAUAUUAAUCAGGUUUGAUAUCUGUUUUGUGGUUGGUGCUGGUGCCCCACCAACCAGAGAGCAGUAUAUUAGCUCAUGCAUAUUCAACUGGUUGGAAAUCUGUUUUGUGGUUGGUGUGCUGGUGCCCCUCCUCCACCCAUGUUAAAAUGUGUGGUUACUUCAUGAGAAGCACUGCAGCUGUAUAAACUGUUUUAAGAAAGAAUUUAAGUAAUAUGGUUUGUAUAAUUAAAUUUUCACACCAUAAUAUGUCAAUCUGAGAAAUGAUUCAUGCAUGAAAUGUUUCAUCCAGGAAUCGUUUCAUGCAUGAAUCGUUUCUUAGAUUUCUUAGAGUUGGUGUCCUUUCGAGAAUGAUGCAGCCAGAGAUGUGGUUGGUACCCGCAGCCCCUUCACUAACCUACAUUCAUGUCUGCAGUGCGGUACUCUGGGGUUCUCUUAUUCAGAAAUUCUUUUGGUGUUUAGUCGAAAUUUUUAAAAACAAAGUAAAUGAUGUGUGAUCUUUAUUUUUGUUAACUAAUAGAAUCAGGGUUCUGCAGAUGUUUAUAAAAUGUUUAAAAACAAACAAAUUAUAUGAAUGAGUAAUAAAGAUAUGAAAGAAUAAUAUAUGUUAUUUAGUUUUAGGACUUUUAUGAAUUUGACAUCACUGUGAAUUUGUCAUCUUUUUUGUAAAACUUCACAUGUUUUUUUUCCUUCAAAAGUCUCCCUUUUACUGUAUUUUCUGUUUAGGCCACGAUUCUUUUUGAAGUGGAAAUUAAGAGAGCUGGAUGCAAAGAUUUAUAUUGACAAUUUUAAGUUGAAAUAUUUAAAGAUUAGAUAAUUUGUGUGCUGUUGAUUUUGAUAAGCCUGAAAUCAUGUUGUUGUAAAAGUAUCUGAAAAUGCAUUUUAGAUUAAUUAAAAGGAAUGAAGUGAGUUGAUAUUUUUAGUGUUAAUUCGUGUAGUUUAUGUACAGUUUAUGUUUUAAUGAACUAAUGUCAAAAUAUCCGUUUGAAAAAAAAAGUUGAUUUUAUUUAAUUUGAUUGUCUCAGUGCCUUUAAAUAAGAAAUAUUGAAAUUAAGGCCAUUAAAGGUUUUCGAAACGGGGAUGAAUUCUCAGCUUGGAUCAGUGAUCCUGCAAUCCGAGUUAAUGGUAACAAAAAAUUGCAGGGAAAAAAGAAUAGUCUGGCACCCUGUUAUGUGACAGUGCUAUAAUCAUAACUGCAGACAGGGAAUGUAUCGAAAAAUGGUGGUUUUAGUGUAAUCAGUAUUGCAGUCACCAUCAUUUAUUUGUAAAGCUUUGUGCGUAUUUAUACACAUUAAUGCUGUUAUUUAUUGUGACAACCUUUUCUCUUCUCUUUAUAAAAAGUUGUGUUCCAUAUACAGUUCUGGGCCAAACGUCACCCAUGCCCCCACUCCUUUCUGCCACUGCCUACCAAGCCGGGGUCAAAGUUGACAGUCCUGCCCACUCCAAGCCUUUAAUUAGUGGGUUUAGGGGCUAUCGCUGCUGAAAAGAAGUUAGUUUUAUUUUAAAUAUGUCAGUCUAAAUGUGUAUUCAUAUCAAUCUUUUCUUUUUGUUUUUAAAUCUUCUUUGUCUGUUAAUAAACAAUCUACUGUACAGCCCCAUUGUACAUGUACACUUUAAAUGCUGGGGGAAAAAUAAAACAUUCCAGUGAGAGUUCAA